UAUUAUUCGUAAAGUCAGUCAGAGCCCGAGCGUCCGACGCUAUGGACCCCAGACGGCGGUUUACAAAUUCGUGAAACAACGCGGCCCGAAGUAUAAGCGAAGAGCAUUUGCACGCAUUCACUUUUAUAUAUCUCAUCCCACUUGGUCUUUCCCUUCUUCUUAUUCGUUUUCGCACUCGCGCCCUCCUUCGGUUGGGUAACAGUUGGCCACGUUACAACGACGUUAAAAUCCAAAGAGGAAUACGAUCGCACUUGCAUCUCUACGCAUAAAAAUAGAUCUUAGUUCGCGCUUAACCUCGCGGGGGGGCGACCACCGAGCUCGAGAGAAUUUCGAGGAGAAAACAAGCAAAAAUCGUAACCGAAUUCUUCCGCUGCAUCUUCGGAAUUGGAUCACCUGGGAAAAAAAUUGUCAAACGGGGGCGAGAAUUCGACGAGAAAAAAGGAAAAUUCGAGCGUGAACGAUGACACUUUUAAAAUUAGCUCUCUUCGGGCUAGUGGUCGUCUCGUGUCGAGCUCUCGACGAUAGAUUUCAAGAAAUCUUUCGUUGGAACACGAUCGACGUGGUGUGGCCAUCCGAGGAGGCGCAAACGAAAGCGUACGAUCGCAAUGAAUAUAUUCCGGAAAACAAUCCCAUCGCGGGUAUCAAAGUGUGGAAGGACAAAAUGUUUUUGACGGUGCCGAGAUGGAAAGAGGGUGUGCCGGUAACUCUGGGCGUUACGUCGGCGAUACCGGUUCGGGGUGUUUACGCGCCAAAGCUCGAGGCUUACCCGAACUGGGACAUGCAGACGGUCGGCGAUUGUCGCGCGUUUCAAUUCGUCCAGAGCAUGGAAAUCGACCCCAAGGGACGAAUGUGGGUUUUGGACUCGGGAAGAACGGAAACUAUGACGUUGCAAGCGAAAGCGCGAUGCCCACCGCGUCUCGUGAUACUCGAUCUCGAAAACAAAGGUCAAGUGCUUCGCAGUUACCAAUUCCCGCCGCACGUUACACCGCCCGAGUCUUCUUACCUGAACGACAUCGUCCUCGAUCACGAAGAUGGUGGAAUGGCUUACAUAACCGACACGGCCGAAAACGACCCCGGAAUUAUAGUGUUUUCAUUGAGAAACGGAACUUCCUGGAAGAUCCGGGACUCCUCGAUGAAGGCGGAGGACGACGCGGUCGGUUUUAAGGUACUCAAUGUCCACGUGAUACAACCGGUUCACGUGGACGGUAUUGCCCUCUCACCGGCAAGCGCUCCCGAACGUCACGUAUAUUAUUCCCCGCUUUCUUCAUUCUAUCUGUUCUCACUGCCGACUUGGGUUAUGAAGACACCAAACCCGAACGUCCACGACUACGUACGCGAAUUGGGCAGAAAACAAUCGCAAACGGAUGGCAUGAUAAUGUCGUCCAGUGGUGUAUUGUAUUUCGGGUUAUUGGCGGACGACGGUAUUUCCAUGUGGAACACGUCAUCGAACACACCGUCCUUCAACAAUGGUCAACGUUUGAUAUCGCGAGAUCACGAAAAAAUGCAAUGGCCCGACACAUUCGCCUACGACGAACGCGGCAACUUGUACUGCGUCACGAAUUCACUUCAAAAUUUCAUUGUCGGCCGCGUCAACACGAGUGUACCGAAUUAUCGAGUUAUACGCUUGCGAACGAAUCACAAGAGUUAUCAGUAUUACGACGACUCGACCGCGCCCGAGUUACCGGUCAUCGUUGCUGGCGCUGAUCGCAUUUCGGUCGCAAUCGGUACUUGCGUCGCUGUUCUUCUUGCCGUUAUUAUGAAAUAAACGAAACCGAAGCUCGGCUUUUCUGCGCAUCUUUUCUCCCAUUGGUGUACGACCCUUGCAGAGGGAGCCACGUUAUGACAACACGAACUUUUGUUUCCCGUACGCCUCGCCAGGAGGAGCUCCACUCUAUGCACGGCAGUCGAUUGACUAUUUUUUCGAAAUAAUCGUUUCGAUCAUUUAUUUAUUUCUGGUGUACAGUUUUGAUUUAAUUCAAAUACCAAGAGACGGUUGAGCCUUCGUUAUAGCACAGUAAAUGUUUUGUUUAUUGUUAAGAAACGUUUAAAGAAUCAUAUACGAAUGUAUAUUUUGUGUACAAAGUUUAAGUACGAUUCGUGACCAUUCGCAAUGACGGAUGGAACUCGCGUUAACUUUCCUACAUACGAUCCCCCCCCUCUUUUUACCUUUUUUCGACAAACCACGAAACUCUCCGUAGAAAUACGUGAAAUUAACCCGUAGAAAAAAGACACGGUCAAUUAUUAAAUCUGAAUAAUUGUAAAUUAGCACUUGAAAGCAACAAUAAGGCACACGAUUGAAAUACGAGGGUGCGAUAUGAAUCGUCCCUCGUGAUUACAUACUCCCGGCACGCAGGUGCUGAAGAUUUUCGCUUUAUACAUGAUUCAGUUGCGGCAUUUAACACACGAUUUUUCCCUCGAUCCUCGCACAAGUACAAAGUGCUUUUUCAUUACAAAAAAAAUUCGUACAUAAUAGUUUCGACGAUGAAAUUAUAACAUAUAUGCAAUGAAUGAAAUAUAUUUUUAUUUAAUCGUA